UUUUUUUUUUUGUGUGUGUGUGUGUGUCUUGUUUUACUUUCAGAGCAAUAACUUAACUUUUGUCCUUGCUCUGUUGAGCGAAAGUGAAAGUUAGAUGCUGGGUGCAAACUUCUGCAAUCAGUUAUCCUUUUUAUAACCUUUCAUAGCUGUAGAUUCCUCAUGCAGGGGAGACUCGGUGCAAAAUCAGUCACCUCAAAAAGAUAAAUCUGGAGCGAUUGAAGCUUUCUCUUCUCAGAGUGAAACAACUUAAUUAUAACAGAAACCUUUGCUCCUGCAGUCACCUCCACAAAAAGGCAGUUCAUUAAAUCUGUCACUGCCCAACCAGGGCAUUCAGCUGGGACCUCCUGUGCUCUCUAGGCUGGAUGGGGAGCAUGACACCCUCCUGUUAUUCCUGCAGAUGCUCACAGAAGACUCUGAGGGAGAGGAGCAGGAGCGUUCUCGAUAGUCCUGCCUCGGCACCAUACCAGUCUAGGUUUGAAUUGUUGCCACCUUGAAAAAGCUGGGCUGUGUUUGAAAUCUUAACGAAAUGUAAUUUCACUUCCACCUGGUCGGUGGCAGAGGUGCAGGUUGAUGGAGUGAGUAGCUUCUGGAAUGUUCUAGCACUCGACCCCUGUUAAUGGCGGGGUCUGGCCACGCCAGCCCCUAAGGGGGAAAAUACAGCCCGGUUCCUGUGCCUAAGUUUUAGUUCUGUGGGUUUUUCCCCCUUCCCCAGAACCUUUGCUCUUGAAGAUGGUGAGUAGCCAGCCUAAGUACGAUCUAAUUCGGGAGGUUGGUCGUGGCAGUUAUGGUGUGGUGUACGAAGCGGUCGUCAGGAGGACCUGUGCCCGCGUGGCCGUGAAAAAGAUCCGGUGCCACGCUCCGGAGAACGUGGAACUGGCUCUGCGYGAGUUCUGGGCCCUUAGCAGUAUCAAGAGCCAGCACCCCAACGUCAUUCACCUGGAGGAGUGCAUCUUGCAGAAAGAUGGCAUGGUGCAGAAGAUGUCCCAUGGCUCCAGCUCCUCCCUUUAUUUACAGCUUGUAGAAACCUCAUUAAAAGGAGAAAUAGCCUUUGACCCCAAAAGUGCUUAUUACCUGUGGUUUGUGAUGGAUUUCUGUGAUGGGGGAGACAUGAACGAGUACCUGCUGUCCCGGAAACCCAACCGYAAAACCAACACCAGCUUCAUGCUCCAGCUCAGCAGCGCCCUGGCCUUCCUGCACAAAAACCAGAUCAUCCACCGYGACCUCAAACCUGACAACAUCCUCAUCUCCCAGAGCAGGAUGGACGCCAGCGACCCCGAGCCCACCCUGAAAGUGGCGGAUUUUGGGCUGAGCAAAGUGUGCUCGGCCUCGGGCCAGAACCCCGAGGAGCCCGUCAACGUCAAUAAAUGUUUCCUGUCCACCGCCUGUGGGACUGACUUCUACAUGGCCCCCGAGGUGUGGGAGGGACACUACACUGCCAAGGCAGACAUCUUCGCCCUGGGCAUCAUCAUCUGGGCCAUGCUGGAGAGAAUCACCUUCAUAGACACCGAGACCAAGAAGGAGCUGCUGGGCAGCUACGUCAARCAGGGCACUGCCAUCGUGCCCGUGGGGGAGGCAUUGCUGGAGAACCCCAARAUGGAGCUGCUCAUCCCCGUCAAGAAGAAAUCCAUGAACGCUCGGAUGAAGCAGCUGAUCAAGGAAAUGCUGGCGGCCAACCCGCAGGACCGGCCCGACGCCUUCGAGCUGGAGCUCAGACUGGUCAACAUUGCMUUUAAGGACAGCAGCUGGGACACGUGACAGGGUUUGGUGGCACYUUUGUGGCAGGCAGGGCCUGAACUCAGCUGCAGGGGGUGAUUUUCACCCAACUGGGGUUUCCUGACAGGAAUGUUGAGUUGGCCGUGGUGGAAAAUCCCCSAGUGAGAUGUGAGGGGGUUCCUUGGUGUGUGCUGGCUGUGGGGUCUUGAGAGAGCCAACACUACUUGAUUUCCAGCACUCUGUCAUGGAGURUCUCAUACAUUCCAGUUUCCUAUGUCAGUAUUAGGAACUCUCAUGGAAAAAAAAUACCCCGAUGAUUUGCAUGCUGGCAGUGCAAAUCUUGAGGCUUUGUAAUGUAAUCUGUGUAUAUAUUUAUGUAUAUGAGUGACUGGGAGUGUGUGGCACUUAAAUUAUUUGCUGUGGGUCUGGAUGAUUGGGGUCUGCUGGAGCACUGGGUGAAGAAGGUGAGUGAGAAAMACUCCUUCUUCCCCAGGCCUGAAUGACUUUGUUAUUUAUUUUUGUUAUCUAAUUUCAAAGACUUGACUUUGUAAACAAACAAACAAAAAAAAAAGCAAUGCAAGGGGAUCAGCUGCUUUCAAAGUGCUAACGUGGCUGAUCUUAGCACUGAGAGCUUAAUGAGCUCAUCACCAAGGGAGUCAAAUUAAAAAUGUACAGUCAGGUGCUGGCAGGGGCGCUGGGUCAUUGAUCAUUUGAUUUUGCUUUUAUUAAUUAAUUAAUCUACCUUUUCUCAACRUGCUCUCUGCUCUGGUGUUGAUAAUCCAAUAGCACCUUGAGGAUUUACCACAGCAGAGUCCUCAGUUUAUGGAAACAUGGAUGAGUUAAUCCAGCAGCAGAUUCUUAAAAUCCUUCAACAUGUGGUGGCAGCACAGUUUUUUCACMAACUGAAUCCAACUCCUAAUCCUGGCCAUGGCCCUUUCCUCUGUGGCACUGCCCCUAAUCCAGUGGGGAUGAGGGGACAGAGGUGACACUGUCCUGUGCCUCACACUGCUGUCAGAGAAAACUCAGUGACAGGUACAUGAAAGGUGGCAGCUUGGGCUGAUCCCUUUUAUUUCUCCUCCUCUUAAAGAAGUGAUCUUUAUUUAAAAGCCCAGCUGGGAGGAUGGGGAGCUUUGGAGCCCUUGGAAGCUGCUGAUCCCCAGCUCGUGUUGCACAGAGCAGAUUGAGGCUGGGAGAGGUUUCACUGAGGCCACCUGACACCGCAGGGCUGACAGAAGCUCUUUGUACCAGCACAACACUUUGUUCUUUYGGGUGCAGGACUGACCUUUCGCCUCCAGGCUGAGCUUUUGGGAAAAAGCAGAGUCUUCAAGUUGCCUUUAAAGCUGCAGGAAAGGCCAGUUUUCUUAGUAAAUUAAAUUUAAUUUUUUCCCCCGCUCAAAUCUUACUUGAAAAUGGCUGUAAGUAUUUCCUUGUAUAAUUUGCUUUUUGGAUACUGUUUCCUCUUAGUGCUGGGAGAGCAGUUCUGGGCACUCAGUGUUUAUUCUUUGAGUGUGAAUAAACAAAACAUGAUUUUUUAUUUCUUUCCAAAAGCAAAGGAUUCUGAUCCCACCCAAGUUCAGAGGCUUUAUAGACCACAGGUGGUUCUUACCUGGUGCUGUGUGAGCUGGUGGUGUCACCCAGCUGGCCUUAGUUGUUAAUUCUUGUUCUUUUCUUUCACUUGAUCGUUUUAGGGAGUGAUUCUCAGACAAACUCACUUCACUUCUGUGCCAACACUGCCUCACAGUUCUCACAUCUCAGCAGAUGAGAAAAGUUCGAAGRGGGUUUGUAAUUCAUGUUAAACUUGAGAGCUUUUUAAAAAUGAAGGGGUGCAAUUCCCCCGAUUUAUCCACCCAAAAGUCACGAGCAGGUUAUGAACCUACUACAGAACAACUCUGCUCCCCUCUGAGGUGCUUUGUGAAUUAUCUGAUUCCCCUCUGCAGGAUUUCACUGCCUGCAGUGCAGAAAUGAGGGGAUGGCACAGGGAAGUUGUGGGRUUUUUAACUCCCAAAGUGUUUCUUUGCACUGAUUGCCACUUUAUAGGUUGAGGGUACCUGAAAUCCCUCUCAUGGUGCUUAUCCUCGCUGUUGGGAGCUCUGUGUUCUCUUUGAUUUUUGUUGUCUGAGGUCUUUGUUUUGGGAAAUUAAAUCAAGUUGUUGUAGCAGCUGAGGGGUCGUUCACCAGCRUGACACGAAGUCAAGACACUUUUCAGCACUUGGAAAAGAUUUUUUUUUUUCCAUGUUUUUUUCUUUAAAAACUGUAAAAUAUAUUUUAUGGAGAAUUUAUAAUGAGGAAAAAUUAUUGUGUAAUUUAUUAAGUUCAUGACUGUUUUUUGAAAUAAAAUCUUGAAUUUCGAUG